CUCGAUACCGAUUUAACACUGCAUAGCACUUUGGAACCAAAACGGAUAUAUUUCAACCUUCAAAAUGGGGACAAUUGACUGAAAUCAGUUGUUAGCUGGGUGUCUAGCAAUUCUUAAAACACGGCGUCUCCGAUCCGUUGCUCGCUUUGAUUAUUUUUCCUGUGGAUCUUCAGAGCUUCCUGCUGAGAAAGGGGGAGCACAGGAGCGCUUGGUGAUACAGCAAAGGGUGUACGUCCCAUAUCCUACAUAGAGCCUAGCUAAAGGAAUGGUGUCUUUUUUGACAGUUUCGAGUUAAAUCACUUUCACGCACCAUGAAUUUACUACCAUCCAACCCCCACGGAAAUGGACUUCUUUAUGCUGGAUUCAACCAAGAUCAUGGAUGCUUUGCAUGUGGGAUGGAAAAUGGCUUCAGGGUGUACAACACAGAUCCUCUUAAAGAAAAAGAAAAGCAAGAGUUUCUUGAGGGUGGAGUCGGGCAUGUCGAGAUGCUCUUUCGAUGCAACUACCUUGCUCUUGUCGGAGGAGGCAAGAAACCCAAGUACCCACCUAAUAAAGUUAUGAUCUGGGAUGACCUUAAGAAAAAGACAGUGAUUGAGAUCGAGUUUUCCACAGAAGUCAAAGCUGUUAAGCUACGAAGAGACAGAAUUGUGGUGGUCCUGGAUUCAAUGAUCAAAGUCUUCACUUUUACACACAACCCUCACCAGCUGCAUGUCUUUGAAACAUGCUACAACCCUAAAGGUUUGUGUGUUCUGUGUCCAAACAGCAACAACUCAUUGCUCGCAUUUCCCGGCACCCACUCUGGACAUGUGCAGAUAGUAGACCUAGCCAACACAGAGAGGCCUCCGGUGGACAUUCCUGCCCACGAGGGAGCUCUGUGUUGUAUUGCCCUCAACCUCCAGGGCACACGGAUAGCCACAGCUUCAGAAAAGGGAACUCUAAUCAGAAUAUUUGACACAUCUGCGGGUCAUCUGAUUCAGGAGCUAAGACGAGGUUCGCAGACUGCAAACAUAUAUUGCAUUAACUUCAACCAGGAUGCGUCUCUCAUCUGUGUGUCGAGUGACCAUGGGACUGUCCACAUAUUUGCUGCAGAAGAUCCCAAAAGGAACAAACAAUCAAGUUUGGCCUCAGCCAGUUUCCUCCCGAAGUAUUUCAGCUCCAAGUGGAGUUUCUCAAAGUUCCAGGUCCCAUCUGGCUCACCCUGUGUCUGUGCCUUUGGAACGGAGCCCAAUGCAGUCAUAGCCAUUUGUGCUGAUGGCAGCUAUUACAAGUUCCUGUUCAACCAAAAAGGGGAGUGUUCCAGGGAUGUAUAUGCCCAGUUCUUGGAAAUGACUGAUGAGAAGAUCUGAACACAGACUGUACUUGGAUUCAGUUGAUUUUGCUUUUUCAUUUCCUGACAUUUUUGAAUUUUGAAGAAUGUCAGAGGAAUAACUAUAUGUGGCAUUCCUGACUAAGUGACUCCCGGGUGCAGGAAGACUAAGAGAUCUGUAAUCUCAAUAGUCAGUUUUUAAAGAACUCAAAUGAAACUUUGACCACUGAAGAGAUGGAUGAAUAAACUGACUGCAGUCAUUCAGUGGAGUGCGAAGAGGGAAACUAUUUUUGAACGACAACACUUGCUUUUUAAAAGGUCUUCCAUGAGAACUGCUGUUUUAUAAGCAUAGAGUUGGCUAGAAGAAUAUUUGUCCACUAACUAUCCUACUAUAGUGAGUGCCUCUGUCAUUACUGAAGAGGAAGGAUGAGUGUAUGCUUAUUCAUCAGUCACAAUAUGUAUGUGCAUAAUAAUGGUAGCAUUAGGUUUUGUUUUACCUGUUGUAUAAAUACAAAAUGCCAGGCACAUGUAACUGCAACAAUAUAGUACAGCAGAACAACAUUUACAAUGUAGAUAUGGUGUUUUUUUUUUCUUUUUCAUUCUUUGUUACUUACAUGUAUGUGCAAUUUUCAUUUUUUUUUUUUUUUAUCAAGUGUUGAGUUGAUCUGUCACAACAAAUUAGUAUUUGCUUAUGGCAUUUUAAUAGUAUGUGCAUAGCCAUGUGUGUUCCAUAAAUGGAUAACAGAGUACAGUCUUUUUCAUAAUUAGUCUAGACAGACAGAGAUCCUAUAAAAUCAGAAUUUGAUCAGAUAUUUUGCAUCGCUAAAAAGAAAAAAUCAGGGGUGGUUUGAGAUUUCAGAAAUGAUUGGCAUAUCAUUACAGAUUUGGAAAGGUGGUAUUAAUUUCAGUUAGCUAGAGAGAAUUUAAGAAAUCACCUCUCCUCCAUUUUUUGCGCUACCAAUGUGACAGGAAACAUAUUACCAAAGUGCCCAAUAGUAAAACCUAUACGCUUGAACUGUAUUCAUUCAUUUUUUUCCCCCCAAACCUUGUUGAUUAGAAACUUAUUUCAAGCUUUUGUCGUGAUUGUAAAUGUACACGUGAUUACACAUAAUGCAGCAAUUGACCAUGCUGUAGUUGUACGCUAUGACUGAGUUACGCAGGGAUACAUAGAUCACAGUGUAUCAUGUAACAAAUUAAACACGUUGUAAAACAGGGAGUGGUAAUUGGUUGAUCUGUGCGUGUGCUGAUUGGCUAGUUGCAGUGUUUGCCACGCCCACCAAUGAAGUCACAUAUUUACUAACACCAGUAGCUUCUAGUGCAAAGAACCUUACUGACUAUAUAAUUAUACUGAAAUGUCUUUAUUAUUAUUAUUAUUAUUAUUAUUAUUAGGAUGAUGUGUUAAAUGAUUCGAGUCACUUUUCUAUAACAAACUUGAGGAUCUGAUUAAAAAAAAGACUGGAGGUGGCAUAUGAUAAUGUUUUCCAUAACAUUCUCUGAAAUAAUAUGGUUAAUAACGAUGUAGAAAAAUGUCUUUUCUAACCAAAACAGCCUGGAAUCUGAUGAGUAUAUGUUUUCUAGAUAUUUAAUUACUAAACCAUUACCCCA